CAGGCAUCUGAGGACAGACCAGCCUAGCUCACUGCAAAAUGGCGAACCGCGACAAGGAGGAGAUUGUAGAUGAGAUUUACGACAAGGUCGUGGACCUGACAGAAUAUGCCAAACGUCAGCGAUGGUGGAACCGCCUUUUCGGAAAAAACUCCGGCCCCUUAGCAGAGAAAUACUCCGUGGCAACACAGCUAGCCAUAGGGGGAGUGAGUGGAUGGUGUGCAGGAUAUCUCUUCCAGAAGGUUGGGAAAGUUGCUGCUACGUCUGUAGGCGGAGGUCUUCUGCUGUUGCAGAUAGCUAACAAUAGUGGCUAUAUCCAAGUGGACUGGAAGAGAGUAGAGAAGGAUGUCAACAAAGCUAAGAAGCAAUUAAAGAAGGGCACCCAUCAAGCAGGCCCAGAGAUAAACACAUUUUUUGAAAAGUCUCAAGUGUUUGUGAAGAAGAACAUCGUUGUCACCAGUGGUUUCAUUGGAGGAUUCCUGCUCGGCCUGGCGUCUUAGGGUCUUCCAAAUAUGAAGAACUAGUCUGUAUUCUAUUGAUGUCGUGGGAAGAAAAAAAAAAAAAAAAAAAAUGUAUUGGGAAAUCAUUGCUGGAGGGCUUUCACUCCAAAUUAG